UUAAAAGAUUAAAUUUAAUAUUAAAUAUUCAUAGUUUCCUUCAUUUAGCAAAGAAAUUUUUUAUUAUCAAACCCCAAAGAAUAAAUCAAGUUUACUUUUUAAAAGCUGAUUCUGACCCUUGAGUUAUUUUAUAUGCAACUAAAAUAAAGGAGAGGAUACCCUAAAUGACUAAACUAUAAAAUAACUUGUGCUAAAACUAAUUUUUACAUUUUACAUUUCUUGGCUAUAUACUAACUGUAGUACUAGAACAAUAUUCUUACUUCUCAAAAAUGAAGAUAAUAGACUGUGCUUUGGUUUGGCGUUUUAUUUCAUUCAAAAAGCAGAUGUUUUAUGUCCUGGGAAAGCAUUAAAAUGAAAAGCAUGAUUUUAUAACUAUGUCAUCUUCAUAAACUAAUAUUCACAAAAACAUUAGUCUUUAUUUUACAAGGUACAAAUAACACGAACUUAAGUAUUUAGUAGAAGCAGACUAAAUACAACAGCUACAAAUAUUUUAAGUACAGUUCUCUACUACAACACACUACAUUUCACCCUAGAGAAAGAAUGUUGGCAAAGAUCUCUACCACAUGGAAACUGCUUUUAAAGCCGUUGGGCCCUGAAAUUCUAUUCAGCAGUUUGAAAUAUCGCAGCUUUCCUCAUUCACCCUCCCACUUGGGGCUUAUGCACAAGCAUGAACAUCUAUUGAGGAAAACCACAAAAAACUUCAAAAUAGCUACAACGACUCUGCAGUCUACACUUCUCCUGUUACUGUUUGUGCCUCUGAUAAAGCCAGCACCACCAACACAGCAGAACUUACGCAUCAUCUAUGAUUAUGGAACAGAUAAUUCUGAAGAAACUUUAUUUACCCAAGAUUAUGAGGAUAAAUACCUGGAUGUGAAAAAUAUUAAGGAAAAAGAAGCUAUGAUAAGACUUGAUGAGAAAAGUCAUCAGUUACAAAAGGAUGAGAGUUUCACACCAUUACCCCCCAAGAAAGAAAAUGAUGAAAUGCCCACAUGCCUGUUGUGUGUAUGUUUAAGUGGUUCUGUAUACUGUGAAGAAGUUGACAUUGAUGCUGUACCACCCUUGCCAAAGGAAUCAGCGUAUCUUUAUGCACGAUUCAACAAAAUUAAAAAGCUGACUGCCAAAGAUUUUGCAGAAAUACCUAACUUAAGAAGACUCGAUUUUACUGGGAAUUUGAUUGAAGAUAUAGAAGACAGUACUUUUUCAAAACUUUCUCUGUUAGAAGAACUUACACUAGCUGAAAAUCAACUACUGAAACUUCCAGUUCUUCCUCCCAAGCUUACUUUAUUUAAUGCAAAAUACAACAAAAUCAAGAGUAGAGGAAUCAAAGCAAAUACAUUCAAAAAACUGAGUAAUCUAUCCUUCCUCUACUUGGACCACAAUGCACUGGAAUCUGUGCCUCUUAAUUUACCAGAAAGUCUACGUGUAAUUCAUCUUCAGUUUAACAACAUAACUUCAAUUACAGAUGAUACAUUCUGCAAGGCUAAUGACAUCCGUUAUAUUCGAGACCGCGUUGAAGAGAUACGCUUGGAGGGAAAUCCCAUCGUCCUGGGAAAACAUCCCAAUAGUUUUAUCUGCUUAAAAAGAUUACCUGUAGGGUCAUAUUUUUAACCACUAUCAAUGUGGCAUAUAAACUAAAGUACACACAUACUUAUAAUCUGUCUCAAUAAUGUCUACAAGAGCAUAUUUAAUAUUAAUUUUGUAUCCCACUAUGAAGGAAUUCUAUGUUUUAUGCAAGGAUUUUGAAAAAGCUUACAUAUAAACAAGCAAAAAGUAAAACUGAAUCUCUAAGUUCGAAACAAAGUAAUGUGAAAAUAUUUAAACAGUAUUACAAAAUUCUUGUAGUUGGUAGUAAAGUGCCAUUUGAAAGGUAUGCUUUUUUAUAUAAAUAUCCAAAUUUAAGAAGCAUUCUUUCUAUUACUAAUGAAGUGAGAAGUUCAAGACUUUAAACUGUUUGUCCUUUCUGGCCUUUACUGGAUCUCAAAAGCAUUUAAGGCUGACGUUCCGAAAACUUUGAAAAGCUAAAUAUUUCCAGUGAUAUCCCAUUUUUCUUUUAUGAUUCAUACAUUGUUCAUUAUGAAGUAGAAACUCUGUUUCCUUUCUAUUAAGGCAGCUAUUAUAUUUUUACUUAGCCUGAAAUAGGGCAUAGCUUUAUAUCUAGGCAAAAUUUUCCAAAUAAAGCAUAAUUUUACUCCCUGAUAAACAGCUAAUAUAGUAAUGUUCAACUUAUUCUGCUUUGUACUCACACAGUUAAAGGCUUUAGUAAAGUAGUACAAAAUUUUAUUUUAUCUUAAUAUUAACAUUCAAAAUCUAGUAUAAAACAUUUUAAGAAAUCAAGCAGAACAAAAUCAGUAUGCUUAUAAAAAAAAAACUUGAAAGUCUAUCCCAUUUCUCGGAAAAUAGCCAUAA